AACACACCACAGGUGGUGCUGUGCUUGCUGCAGGUGGUGCUGCUGUGCUUGUCACAGGUGGUACUGUCUACUACACGUGGUAUUGUGCUUGCCACAGGUGGUACUGUCUCUACUACAGGUGGUGUUGUGCUUGCCACAAGUGGUACUGUCUACUACAGGUGGUGUUGUGCUUGCCACAGGUGGUGUUGUCCUUACUACAGGUGGUGUUGUGCUUGCCACAGGUGGUGUUGUGCUUGCCACAGGUGGUACUGUAUCCUCUACAGGUGGUGUUGUGCUUGCCACAGGUGGUACUGUCUCUACUACAGGUGGUGUUGUGCUUGCCACAAGUGGUACUGUCUACUACAGGUGGUGUUGUGCUUGCCACAGGUGGUGGUGUCCUUACUACAGGUGGUGUUGUGCUUGCCACAGGUGGUACUGUCUACUACAGGUGGUGUUGUGCUUGUCACAGGUGGUACUGUCUACUACAGGUGGUGUUGUGCUUGUCACAGGUGGUACUGUCUACUAUAGGUGGUGUUGUGCUUGCCACAGGUGGUACUGUCUACUACAGGUGCUGUUGUGCUUGCCACAGGUGGUGCUGUCCCUACUACAGGUGGUGCUGCGCUUGCUACAGGUGGUGCUGCUGUGCUUGCUGCAGGUGGUAUUAUCUACUACAGGUGCUGCUGUGCUUGCCACAGGUGGUAUUGUCUACUACAGGUGCUGCUGUGCUUGCCACUGGUGGUGCUGUCCUUACUACAGGGGGUGCUGUGUUCGCCACAGGUACAGGUGGUGCUGUCCCUACUACAGAGGGUGCUGUGCUCGCCACAGGUGGUGCUGUCCCUACUACAGGGGGUGCUGUGCUCGCCAUAGGUGGUGCUGCCCCCACCACGGCAGUAUGAUGAAUGUGCAGGCAGUUGUGAAGGCCUACCUCGCCUCCAAGCACAUCACGGUGCCAGAGGAAUGGAUAACGGCUUGUGUUGAGUGGAUUCAAUCGGAAAACGCAGGCGUGAAUAUAAACAACAGCCGAGUUGUGUCAGAAAAGGUAUACGAGCAGUGGCUGUAUUGUGACCUGACUGAGCUGGCAGCAUGUUGUUUGCCCUUUGGUCUCCAGCAGAAAAGAUCCACUUACAUCACUGGUCACUUUGCCCUGCAGGUGAACCAAAUUCGUGAUGUUGGCCAAUCAGCAUAUUCUCAACUGCAGAAGGUUCAGCGUGUAGACACAGUAAAUGCAGCUAUAUCAGCUGAACAAACACAUCAGCCAGCUUGGGAGCCCAAGCCAUCAAGGAUGCUGAUGCUGCAGAUGACAGAUGGGACAAGUGUUGUACAGGGCAUGGAGUACCGUUUGAUACCUAGUCUCAAUGCCAAUCUUAAACCUGGCUUAAAGGUCAUGAUAUCUGGAACUAUAUGUGCCCGUCGAGGAGUUCUGCUCUUGACUCAAGAGCACAUAACUAUUUUGGGAGGGGAGAUUGAGGCCUUGCUUAUUCCAAAUGCCUUAGAAAAUGUUCUUGCCAGGCAUUUAGGUGCUGAGGAAAAUGAACAGCCAAGAGAUUAUGAAGAGACAACUUCUACGCAGGUGGCACCAAGUCAGACCUCCCAGUAUUACCCUUCCCAGCUCAACUCGGCUCCCAGCCGAUCUCAAAAUUCUCGUCCUCCUAGAAGAGGAGGUACACAAGUUUCAUCUGGAAAUAGGGGCCAGACUGGUGUCUCGGUACAUUCCACCAGUGACUUUGAUGACUUGGGCGAUGAUGACUUCCUAGACUCAGACAUUGAAGCUGUUUUAAGCCAAAUUGAGAAUCAGGCAAUGCGGGUUUCUUCAAAUACAUCCACAUCCACCCGGCUGGCAAAUAACAAAUCAUCUGUCAACCAAUCAAAAGCUAAUCUGGGUGUACCUGGAACUUCUAGAAAUGUUAAUUACAGAACUAUUAAUGAAUCGAGCAGUAAGAGUUUGAACCCAACUAAUACUGUAAGUGUCUCGCAUAAUAAUCCAAUCUUGGAGGAUGGAGGUAUGGAUGACGAAAUGAAUGUCGACAGUUCUUUUUUUACUGAUGAUUUUGAUGAUGAGAUCUUACUGUCUGCAGAAGGUCAAAUUAAUGAAUCAUCGUCAUGUUCAGAAACAUCAACAAUAGCAACACCUCGGUCCACCAGCAAAAGUGCUCAAACGUUAUCAGAAUCCUCUAAGCAGUCGAGUAGUUUCUCUAACUUGCCAGCAACUUUACAAAGUAAAGCACUGACAAGCAUUAGACAAGCUAAAUCUUCUUGUAUUAGAACAUCAAUGCCAAAUAUUACAAAUGUUCAACCACUAGCUAAUAAACUAAGCAAACUAAACCAACCAGUAGCAUUAAAAAAAAAUAACAAACUUCAAUCAAAGCAAUUGAACCUAAAGAGUUUUUUCUCCCAGCAAUCGAGCCAAUCUUCACGAAAUAACAGUUCAUUAGAUUCCAAAAAGUUUAAGCAGAAUGUGAAAAAUAAAGAUGAUAUUCAACAAGAUUUUCUCUCCGAAUGUGAAGGAACUUUACACUCUGAAUCGUUAGAUAUGGAAGCUCCAGGUGCAGUCGGGGCACGGCCUUCAGAUUUAAAGCUAACAGUAACACAAAUGUCUAAGCAAGAACCCCCUUUUACGUACAUGAUCUUCAUACCAACGAAACCAACUGUUGCUCAGGAAUUCAUAGUGAAGGGUUUCAUCAUGACUUUAGUGUCACGUCUGGAACAAUUGGCAGGUCUGUGGAAACUGACUGUCAUGAUAAACGAUGGAACUGCUUCGUGUGAGGUGGAUAUCGAUGACCAUGUUCUACAGGAACUCAUAGGAUUGAGUGUUGAGGAAAUGAAUCUGAAAAAAAUUGAAGCCAAGAGUAAUCCAGUUCUCAAAUCUCAGCUUGCUAAGAGUGUUGGUGGAUGUCAGCAGAAGCUGAUCUCCCUAUGUAGUCUUCUACACCUACAAGUGUCGCCACACUACACAAAACCUAGACUAACUGCUAUAAGUUCUGUCACUACCAAUGUGGCUCAACAACUUGCCAAAAGAUUAUCUCUGACCACAUCAAGUUAAUAAUCUAAUUUGACAAUAGGUGUUGUUUUAAUUUCCAAAUGACUUGUGAAAAAUGUAAAUUUUUAUUAUCGAGAUAAAACGUUCAUCCCCUUA